CUCCCCUCUGCACUUCGCCCCCGGGCUAUGCAACUCACAGUAAUUGAUCUUCGCUUUCUUCUUGUUAACCAAUAUGGCUGAAACCUCCUUCUUCAUGGCUUCCAAAGCGAAGCUUUGGACUGUAGUCAUCCUUCAGUUAUUGGUCAUUGCUUGCGGUAAUGAGCAAGCAUUUCAUGUGGGUGGGAGCACAACUCCAGCACCGGCAGCCGGAGCUCAGGACAACAGCAAAAACCCGCUUAUGGGUUGGGUGAAUCAAGAAAUGCAAAAUUUCCAGUUUUCUUCAAUGGCAGCAAAGGAUACCGACGGCGGAUUAGACCCCAAGCUUCAGGACGCUGAGAAGAAGAAGAAGGUCAUAGUGGUGGCUGCUGAUGGGUCGGGGAACUUCAAAACGAUAACGGAUGCCAUUAAAAGCGUUCCAGCCGGCAACACUGGGAGAGUGAUCGUCAAGAUCAAGUCGGGCACUUACAAGGAGAAGGUGCUCAUCGAUAAGAACAAGCCGUUCAUCACCUUUUACGGCAACCCCAGCUCUAAGCCGACGAUCGUCUACGACGGUACUGCCGCAAAGUAUGGGACAUUCUACAGUGCAACCGUCUGCGUUAUGUCCAAUUAUUUCAUGGCCGUCAACAUAAUCUUCCAGAACUCUGCUCCGAAGCCGAAACCGGGUUCGCAAGGUGGGCAGGCCGUUGCCCUGCGAAUCGCCGGCGAGAGGGCCGCAUUCUACAGCUGUGACUUCAUAGGGUACCAAGACACGCUCCAUGACGACAGCGGCCUGCACUACUUCAAGGACUGCACGAUCCAGGGGACUGUAGAUUUUAUCUUUGGAGAUGGAAGGUCCUAUUACACGGGCUGUAACCUGGUCUCAGUUAACGAUGCGCCGGGGGUGUCUACAAUGGUGGCACAGGGAAGAGAGAAGAAGGGCGACAUGGGAGGCUUCUCGUUCGUGCACUGCAAGGUAACGGGUCGCGGGAAACAGAACAUGAACAGGGCAUGGCGCGGCUACUCUAGGGUUGUCUUUGCCUACUGCUAUUUGGACACUGUCGUCACUGCUACUGGUUGGGAUGACCAUGGCAUCUCAGAUCACUCGGGCCUCUACUAUGGAGAGUACCAGUGUUCGGGGCCAGGUUCUUCGACGGCCAAGCGCGCCAGCUACGCAUUGGUGCUCAACGAGGGGCAAGCGAAGCCCUUCAUUGAUCCAAGCUUUGUUAAGGCGAGCCAGUGGCUGCUUCCUCCACCGAAGCUGUGAAGAUGAAGGUGCAAAAGGGAAGGCUGUGUUACUAAAAUUAAGCUGGUUUUGGAGUUCCUGCCUCAGCUUCAGCCACCUCUCUAUCAUGGCCGUUUCAUUUUUUGCUUCUUGUAACAGCUAGCAAUUUUCGUGGCUCCUAGCGAGUGAGCUCAAUUUUCCUUCUUUCUAGUUGUUGAUGUGCCCCAGCAAAAUUUGGCCGCACCGAAAAUACCAAUAAUAAUCAGAUUUUUUUUUUUUAUGUGCAAGGAUUGACAAGUAUACCUUGCCUCAAUCAGUUGUCCAAUGAAUUUGGUCACCGGUAUCUGUGACUCUUUGUUUUUCG